UCUGGACAAUGAUCACAGAGCCAGAUUGGAUUAGUGAAACCUAUUUACCAGAAGUUCAGAGCAGUUGCAUGAAGCUGAAAGGCAGUCAGGAGAGAGAGGUGGAAAAUGCACCAGAUUUACAGCUGCAGCGACGAAAAUUUAGAAGUUUUCACCACCGUGAUUUCAUCCAAAUCAUGUAGUCCUGCCCGGAGGAGAGCCAAAAGUACGCAGCACUUCCUAACCAAGAGUGUGAUAGCGGUGUCUGACUGUCAGCCCCACCACGGUAAUCUCCACCAAAUGUUCUACAGAGAAGAGGAGGUGCGGGGUUUGGGCCGCCUGCGGGCCGGGCAGCAGGGACCCUGCACCACCAUGCACGUGGGAAUAACUGAACGAGAGUCAUCCAAGUCCUGCAAUCACCAGUCAGAUAGAAAAUCUUUGCAGCCCCCGUCAUCGCUAGCCAUCCCCAUCGCAGCGAAGCCAGCGGCUCUUACAGGCUCCCCCAUGGAUGACCACCCGCUCGCAGACGACCACAGGCAGCGCUUGAGGAAGAUGGCAGAGUACGACCUUACCCUGCCACCAGGAGCAGAAGCAUCUCUACCACUGACAGGAGGAAACCUGUGUGGGACACCCAGCCUGCUGAGGAAGAUGUGGAUGAAGCACAAGAAGAAGUCGGAGUACCUGGGGGCAACAAACAGUGCCUUUGAGGCAGACUGACAAGCCUUGGCAUCUCUCAGAAAGACAAAAGUUCCUUUAGCCAGGACAAGGUGCUCUAGGAUUGAUAAGGGAACAGACACAGCACAGCUCCCCCAGGAAAAUUAUAUCCUUUUCAUUACUUGAUGCCAUUGCCUCAGAAAGGUAGGAGAAAGGCUAACUAAGGUAAAAGUGGUGAGUGCGAUGCAGUGUGCUAGCCUUUCCUUGUUGCAAUACACUAGAACCCCAAGUAUCCCACUAGAUGUACGUCUUGACUCGAUGCUGACACUUCUGCUGACCUAUUGUACAUGUCCUGUCUGAAUCAGCUCAGACUCACAACAGGAGAAGCCUGCUAAGAUGUUUGUGUGUUCCUGCAAGGUUACAAUUCUGUUUUUGUUACAGAGUGCCAUUGAGAGCCAGGGGUUUGCUCGUUGUGUACCACUGCUUGCCCUCUUCCUCUUCUCAUAUCCUUUCUUCUGAGAAAGGAGACAAAAACUGCAUCUUACUACUUGCUUGGUUAAAUGACGUAUGCUACACAUCUUUUUUUCUUCAGUUUUGAUGUUUCAAGACAGGAGUAAAAGAUGCAAAAAAAAUUAAAGAAAAGAUGAGUCAGAACGGAGCAAGUUUGCAAAUACAGAUUUACCAAACUUUGCCACAUGGCAAGUCACUGGUGCUUUAAAGUCCCCUGCCAGUUCAAACAAUGAGCUUCUGAAUAACCUCAAGAAACACUUUCUUCCAUUGAACCUGCUUAUUAAGUCAGUAACUUGCGUUCUACCUGUGUGGUACAGAAUAUUUUCCUAAAUGUGCAAAAUGCUAGUAGAAAAGAAAAUACAUAAAUGAUGCAAGUAGACAACUAAAUGUGAGAUAUUUGCAUAUACCAGAUCUUUGCUUAUGAGCUGGUGGAUUCAAUGGAAUCCCCUACCCCCAUUUUAUUUUUUCAAACUUAGAAAUUGCCGAUCAUGGUCCCUUGGCUUUCCUCAAAAAAAAAAAAAAAAAAAAAAAAAAAAAAAAAAAAAUUAAUACAAAAAAUGUCACCAGAAUUACAGACAACAUUAUAUUAGUCAGGAACAAUACUUGUCUCACAUAAGUGCUACCCUGGUCAUUGCACAAGACUUUGGUUUGCUGAAAUACACAAUUUUAAAUAUAAAAUUGGAGAAACUAUGGCUCCUGCAGCUCAUAGCAGUGAUGAUUUCUGUGAUCUAACUGCCAGUGCUCCAAAGCAUAAAUGAAUGGGUGGCCACCGAUGCACCACAGGUAUGAAUGGUAUGACUGCAGCCAGCAGUGUAACUGCAGUUAUAUCUCCUUCCCUUCCUACCACAACUACCCAGGUAAUUUCUGCACUUGUGGCAUCUGCUGACUUCAUCCACUGCUUGUGUUAAGAUAUCUUCAACUUGGGCUUUGAAAAAACGUAUUCCCAGUUUCUUUUCCAGUGAAGGACUGAGAGAGCCUUGGAUUACAGCCUACAGAGGUGCAGGCUUGGGCGGCGAUCCACAGCCAAAGGCCACCAAAUCAGAGCUACCAAGGCGCAGCCCAGGCAGGAGGGAAAGGCUGCAAAAGCAACCAGCUCCAUUGGCUUUGGGGUGAGCAGGAUGGAGAGGUACACAGGAAAGGUUCACAGCCUGACAACCUGAGAAACCAAGGUCUGUGCAAUGUGAAACCUUUCAGCUGGAGCCUGACCCCACUGCCCACAUGCAAUAGUCUGGACAGUGUAACCCUGCCAACAUCAGGUCCUACGUGGCUGAAGCCAUCCCCAUUUUUUUCCUGAAAUAUGUUUUACAAAUAUCACAAACAGCACUAUCCCCUCCCCUGCCCCCAGCCCUGCCACUGGCCUUGGCCUUGCUGGCACAUGCUAUUUUUAUGUGAAUAGGUAAACCUAGUGCAUUCAGUGGGACUAUUCGCUUGUACAGCAGCACAUACGUUCAAGGAGUAGGGAGAACACUAAUAACUAGGCUUAUUCCCUAAGCAAAGCAAAAAUAAAAAGCAGAAAAACAGAGGGAAAUGAACAUUUGCUUCAUUUGGGGUAAUUAACACUGAGCACUUGUAGCUUAUGUGGCCUGGAGAGUUCAGUCCAGGGCAGCAAGAGUUUUGUCUGUUGAGAGCUGUACCUUAGUAUUUCAUUUUGUUAAUUAAUAGCUUUAAGCAGUAUGAGGAUGGAGAAGAGACGGUUAAUGUUUCUACAUAAAAUUUGCUGUGUCUUGAAAUGUGUAUUUAUGGUUUCCUUAUUUAUUUAAUUUAUAAUUUGUGUCUGAGAAGGAUUUGCAAGAUGCAUAAUUAAUUCCUCUGUAUCCCAGGAACCACUGAAGAUUUCUUGUAUUGUAGUAGAUACCUAUUUUAUUGAUUCAAAUAAAAUACGUCCUGUUCAUACAAAAAAUAAAAGAAACACGUAGCAUGUGGUAAGAUAUGGAUCUUUGUGACUUAAAAGCUUUUUGGAAGGCUUUUGUGAGAAAUAAAGGCAGGUUUUGUCAUACUGAAGAACAUGCAUAUCUGAUGGCAAAAAUCCAAGGUUUGUUCCCCCACAGGAAGAGCCCGUAAUUACGUGUUUGUGAAUGGUCCCAGUACUGCACUAGUGGAAAACCCAUCCAUUUUUAUUAGAUACUCAGAGAAAAGCCCUGGCACAGCCAGGCAUUAGACAUCACACAUAUGUUUACUCAUCUGACCAGAAGAGCACUAUGGACAAUGACGUCUAAUCUCCUUGUGGCCCUGGGAGGUGAGCAGUGUCGCCUCCCUUCCACCCAUCACAUAAGAGCACCAAGACAGAGACUCCUCAAGGGUAAUUAAGGCCCUAGGAAAAAAUAAAACCGAGUACUUUCUAUUUUCAGUCCUACCAGUUGGCAGCAAAAUCACUCAGCUUACCUCAGACCUUCAUGGCCUUCAGAAAGCGUAGGCUGAACCACGGAAGGCACAACACAAGGCCCAACACGAGGUGGGUGGCACAGGGACACUGGAACUGGAGGA